AUGGGAAAUUCUGGUAGUACAAAUAUUCCUGGUGGUGGUACCGAAGGUUAUCACGUAUUGAGAGUACAAGAAAAUUCACCUGGACAAGCUGCUGGACUGGAGCCAUUUUUCGAUUUUAUCGUUUGCAUUGGGAAUACACGGCUGAAUUCAGAUAACGAUACUUUAAAAGAUAUCUUAAAGCAGCAUGUGGAACGAUCGUUAGAACUUACUGUUUAUAACAGCAAAACUCAAACAGUUCGGCAGACACAAAUUAUACCAUCACAAAUGUGGGGUGGUCAGGGAUUGCUUGGUAUUUCAAUCCGAUUCUGCUCAUUUGAAGGGGCGCGUGAAAAUGUUUGGCAUGUUGUGCAAGUUCAGCCCAAUUCACCAGCAGAAAUUGCUGGUUUACAAUCUAAUUUGGAUUAUAUACUUGGAGCAGAAUCUGUUCUAAACCAGGCUGAUGAUCUUAUUGCCCACUUACAAGCUAACGAGGGCAAACCUAUCAAAUUAUACGUUUAUAAUACAGAAACUGAUUCUGUACGAGAGGUUUCGCUUACGCCGAACUCAGCUUGGGGUGGUGAAGGAUGUUUGGGAUGUGAUAUUGGUUAUGGCUAUUUGCACCGCAUACCAGGUGAUCGACGAGGUCCCCUGAAAGGCGAGGAAAUUGCUGCUAUGCUUGAACAGCAGUUAAAUGGAACAAAUUCAUCGGAUGUAGCACCGUUCAUGAAUGCCGAUAAUUCGUGUCAUUCCGGACCUUCUGCUACCACCAACAAUACUAUCAAUAUUCCUCAACCAGGUAACACAGGUAUUCCGCAAAUUGAUUCUAUACAAGCUAUUACAAAAUUCCCCGAUCCAAGUUCAUUUAUGCCAUCAAUCCUGAGACAACCAGCAGUAUCUAUUGGCGCAACAACAGCAAGUAUGGCUGGAAUAAGUGGCUCUUAUCCAAGUGAUGUGUGUUCUGCAGGAUUUUCAGCACCUGUGCAGUCUAUCAUAGAACAACCAUUAACCACUAGUAAUACCAAAAUGAGCAUCACAUCACCCUCUUCAACUGCAUUUCCAACCCUUGAAUUGUCGGCAUCUUCUGGAACUGAACAGGCCUACUCUAUUCAAAAUAAUAGCGCGAAUUAUACAAAUGCUAAUCAAGAAGUGCAGCAGCAACAGCAAAAUUUCAUAGGAAAUUCAGUGGAUGCAGAGCAGUAUGAUAGAACAUCGGCUGCUAUCAUUUCUCAGCAGUCUUAUUAUUCAGGACAGCAACAACAGUACAUGCAUGAUCCACAGUACCCACCACAACCUCCUGUUUAUAACCCUUCGUCUUCAUCUCAACCUAUGGUAGCGAGCAUAGUACCUCAGAUGUUUUCAAAUUUGCCGCGUCAACAGCAGCAGCAAGGAUCAUAUGGAAAUCCACCAUUGCCUCCACAAAUAUCGACAUCUUCCGCAUCUCCGUUUACAAGUUCUUCACAAUAUUCGGGUUUGAAUUUCCCAAUGCCUCCACUAAGUGCUAUGGGUAUUACACAUCUAGCGCCUCCACCAACGACAAUAUCUUUUGGUUUACCGACAUCACUUGCGGCACCGCUUGGACAACAGCAGCAGUUAGAUAUGAGUACUUAUUCCGUAGAGAACUCAACAUUUAAAUCGGGCUUCCAGAUGGCUGAAAAUAAUCAGUUCGGUUUACCACCACAAGUGCCAACAACGUAUUCCCAGUAA